AUGGACCGGUCUGCCAACUUCACCUGUUUCUCUGCCACCACUUUGGCAGAGCCCAACUGGACCGAUUCUGGCCUCCUGGCCAGCCCCCCUGGCCUGGGUAAACCCUUGUCCGUCUUUAGCGUCCUCGUCUUGACUUUGCUGGCAAUGUUGGGAGUUGCCACCUUCCUUUGGAACCUGCUGGUGCUGGCCACCAUCUUGCGGGUGCGUACCUUCCACAGGGUGCCCCAUAACUUGGUAGCCUCCAUGGCCAUCUCCGAUGUGAUGGUGGCUGCCCUGGUGAUGCCCCUCAGCCUGGUCCACGAACUAUCUGGCCGUCGCUGGCGGCUGGGGAGGUUGCUCUGCCAGAUCUGGAUCUCUUGUGAUGUGCUGUGUUGCACGGCCAGCAUCUGGAACGUCACAGCCAUUGCGCUGGAUCGCUACUGGUCCAUAACGCGGCACUUGGAGUACACGCUGCAGAGUCGCCGGCGCAUUUCCAAUGUUAUGAUUGCUCUGACCUGGCUGCUCUCUGCUAUCAUCUCCUUGGCUCCGCUCCUCUUUGGCUGGGGAGAGACUUACUCGGAGGGCAAAGCUGAAUGCCAAGUCAGUCGAGAGCCUUCUUACACCAUCUUCUCGACCUGUGGAGCUUUCUACCUGCCUCUGUGCGUGGUGCUUUUUGUCUACUGGAAAAUCUACAAAGCGGCCAAGUUUCGCAUUGGAUCCCGGAAGAGCAAUUCUAUCACUCCCAUCACACCCGGACCCCUAGAGGUCAAGGAGGCUUCCCAGCAUCCACAGAUGGUGUUCACGGUCCGCCAUGCCACGGUGACGUUCCAAACGGACGGAGACACUUGGAGGGAGCAGAAGGAGAGGAAAGCUGCCCUCAUGGUGGGCAUCCUCAUUGGCGUCUUUGUGCUUUGCUGGAUUCCCUUCUUUGUCACUGAACUCAUCAGCUCCCUCUGCUCCUGUGACAUCCCACCGAUCUGCAAAAGCAUUUUUCUUUGGCUUGGGUACUCCAAUUCUUUUUUCAACCCUUUGAUCUAUACAGCGUUCAACAAGAAUUACAAUAAUGCCUUUAAGAACCUAUUCUCCAGACAACAAUGA